CCACUGUGCUAACUUGUUGAACGCGGCACUUGAAUAACUACAACCAGAUAACGAGUCCAAACUUUUCGAGUUUCCAAAUUGCGACUUGCACGUGAACUCAGCAUGUCACCCGCACCCAACCCAUCAAUGAAAGCGCGUGGACAUAAGAUAUAGGAAGUUACAAUUCACAUGAACUUGUCAAGAAGAUUUUCGAUGUUACUUUACGCGUACAGUCACUGCCAACUGACUAAAGCAUUGUUGCGUUUAUUUGUAUAUUUUGCAAUAAGGACGGGAACACCUUUUUUUCGCUCAACUUUCGGUUGCGCAGUUGAACAAUUUUUCUCCCCUUAUCAACUAGUUUUUUACUACUGGUGGAAAAAGGGAGUUCCUUGUCAUUAAUGUUCACAUGUACAGGAUUAAAAUAAAUGGACCAUAAUGCCAGUGGUUACAUCAUGAUUGGAGGAGGGCAGUGCUAGUGAGGUAUGCUGGAGAGGUCCUGUUUGUGUGUCAGCCAGCAGGAUGAGUGUGUCUGACGGUGUGAUAGGAGCGGCCAGCCUGGACGUAGAUCAACAACAGCAGCCGCAGGCCGUCUUCCUCCAGAUCUACCCACGUCUGUCCCAGGACAAGGCAGCAUGUUGUACUCUCCAGGUCAUCCCAGGGGCCACAGCGGCCAUGGUUAUCCAGAAAGCAGUGGCCACUCUGGGCCUGGACAUGACCAGUCCGUACGCCCUGCUGGAAGUCAGGCAGGCUGAAGGGGAGGAGAGGAGGCUAGGGGACACUGAGAUGCCUGUGGAGAGGGUGCUGCUUUGGCCCCCAGGGGCCAGAAAACGGCAUCCCCAGGAGAAGGGGUAUUACUUCAUCCUCCAAGCCCAGGGAGGUGCAGGGGCUCUGGGGUCAGAGACGGAUGGUGGUGGGGUAGCUUCAUUAGAGGAAUAUGAUGACUUGUGCAGCCUCUCCACCCUGACCGAGGACACUAUCCUGGCCGCCUUACGCUUGCGCUUCUACAAACACAACAUCUACACGUACGCCAGGGGCAUCCUGGUGGCAAUUAACCCCUUCAAGUUCCUGCCCAUCUACAACCCUAAGUAUGUCAUGAUGUACAACAACCAGCCACUUGGAAAAUUAAGCCCUCACAUCUUUGCAGUGGCGGACGUGGCAUACCACACCAUGCUGAAGCAGCAGGAGAACCAGUGUGUGGUGAUAUCAGGGGAGAGCGGAUCAGGGAAGACCCAGAGCACCAACUUCCUUAUUCACUGUCUGACGGCGUUGGGUCAGAAGGGCUACAGCAGCGGGGUGAAGAGAACCAUACUGGGAGCUGGGCCUGUGCUGGAGGCGUUUGGCAACGCGAAGACGGCACAGAACAACAACUCCAGCCGCUUUGGGAAGUUCAUCCGGCUCAACUAUCUAGAGAGUGGGGUGGUGAGAGGGGCAGUAGUUGAGAAGUACUUGCUGGAGAAGUGUCGACUGGUGUUCAGAGCUAAGAAUGAAAGGAACUACCAUGUGUUCUACUACCUGCUGGUGGGAGCAUCCACGGAGGAGCAGAGAGAGUUCAGUCUGCUGCAGCCUGAAGACUACACAUAUCUACAACAGGAGUACUUUCAUUUAGAAGACGCUGAGAAUCUCAGACAUGAGUUCGAGAGGCUUCAUCAGGCCAUGGAGAUGGUGGGAUUCCUGCCCUCCACUAAGAAACAGAUAUUUUCCAUGCUCUCUGCCAUCCUGUAUCUGGGCAACGUGACGUACAACCAAUCGGAAGACGGCCAGGGGCUGGAAGCGGGGCCAGCAGAUGUCCUCUCAACCCUGUCUGACCUGCUCAAGGUCAAACAGGAGUUGCUGGUGGAGGCUUUGACCAAGAGGAAACAAACAACAGCCAAUGACAAAUUAGUGUUACACUACACUCUCAAAGAAGCUGUGACAGCGCGGGACUCCAUGGCCAAGUCUCUGUACAGCUCUCUGUUUGACUGGAUUGUCCUGCACAUCAACCACGCUCUGCUCAACAGACGAGACAUGGAGGAGGCCGUCUCUUGUUUGUCCAUAGGUAUCCUGGAUAUAUUUGGUUUUGAGGAUUUCCAGACGAAUAGCUUUGAACAGUUCUGCAUCAACUACGCCAACGAGAAACUACAGUAUUACUUCAACCAGCACAUCUUCAAGCUGGAGCAGAAGGAGUACCAGGCAGAGGGGAUCAGCUGGAGUACCAUAGACUACACGGACAACCUGGGCUGUAUCCAUCUGAUCAGCCAGAAACCCACUGGGCUUUUCCACCUACUGGAUGAGGAGAGCAAUCUCCCUCAGGCCACGGAUGACACUCUGCUGAACAAGUUCAAGCAGCAGCAUCAAGACAACCCAUACUUCGUCCCCACCACAGUGAUGUUACCAGCCUUCGUCAUCCAACACUUCGCUGGGAAGGUCAAAUACCAGAUCAAGGAUUUCCGGAAGAAGAACACGGAUCACAUGCGUCCGGACAUCGUGGCAUUGCUACGUAGCAGCGAGCGGGCAUUCAUGCGUCAGCUGAUUGGGUCAGACCCGGUGGCAGUGUUCCGAUGGGGCAUCCUCCGGGCCACCAUACGCAUCAUAGCGGCCUUCAACGAGGCCGGAAGCCGCCGGGCAGUCCCAGGUCUGGUGGAACGCACCUCCCGUCGGUCCAUAGGGGAACUGAAGAGGAGACCGAGCUCGGCUCUGCAGAGACUGUCCAGCUCCCAACUGGACUUCUCGUUCGAUCGGUCCGAUGACAAUCCUCUGGAGGUGAUCGAGGACAUCUUUGCCAACUACGAGAAAAAGAAGAAGAGCAAGGCCAGCAAGCACAAGCAGCUCAUUCCUACGAAUCUGAUGAACACUCGGUCCCUGAAGCACAUCGUCGGCCUGACGCUCCAUGACCGCGCCUCCCGCUCUCUGCUCCACCCACAUCAGAGGAAGAAAACACCCAGCAUCAGCGCUCAGUUCCAGGCGUCUCUCAAUAAGCUGCUGGAGACUGUGGGGAAAGCAGAGCCUUUCUUCAUCCGCUGUAUCCGUUCCAAUGCUGAGAAGAAGGAGAUGCUGUUUGACAAUGCUCUGGUGCAACAGCAGCUGAGGUGCACAGGCAUGUUGGAGACGGUACGCAUCCAGAAGUCUGGCUACAAUGCCAAGUUCACCUUCGCGGAGUUCCUAGAGCAGUUCAAAGUGUUGCUGCCUAAAGAAGCCACCACAGCACCAGAGGACAUAGCUAACCUGCUGCAGAAGAUGGGCCUAGGACAGAGCACGUACCAGAUUGGGAAAACCAAGGUGUUCCUGAAGGAGAGGGAGAAGCAGCAUCUCCAGGACACCCUGAACAAGGAAGUGAUGCGUCACAUCAUCAUCCUGCAGCGCUGGUUCAGGGCCUGUCUCAGCAGGAGCCACUUCCUCUACAAGAAAGAUGCCGCCAUCAGAAUACAGCGAUGUUGGCGUGCGUUCCGGGCGGACACCAGAUGCCGUGCGGCCACAGUGAUCCAGGCAGCGUGGCGAGGCUCUCGGAAGAGGACCGACUACCUGAGAAAGAGGAACAGCAUCAAGAAGAUGCAGACACUGCUCAGGAACAAACGAGGUCCAAACAGCUCAAUGGCUGAGGUAGAGAAGCCCACACCUCCCCAGCUACCUUCCAAGCCCCAGCCCCCGCCCAAGCUGCAGCCCAAGCACCAUACCCAGCACCAGAGAAGCCUGGAGAGGAAGGAGCUGAGGAGGCAGCACAGUUUGGAACCAAGCCCCAAUAGGAGCCUCCACCCAGGCCCAGAGGUUAACAGACAGCAGGCUACCCAGAGGAACACAGAAUUGAAGAAGAGAGAGGGUAGAGGCUUUCCACCUCUCAGCAGACCUCUCUCCCUUCCCCUAGACCUCAAGGCUGGCAGGGAUGGAGAGGGGGCGCUCACCAGCCUGUCCCCUUACACAGGCACCCUGGAGCGCUACUCCCACUUGGAGGAUAUCAAGGAGCAUGCAAAGAGGUGGAAGAGCAGGAGGGAGGGAAGACAUCCGGAGGACUCCAGCCCUGAGAUCCAGCGGCCCAGGGAUAAACGCAUGGCGGGGUUGCUGCUGAACCGAGGGAAGUCUAUCUCGCUGGACAACGUGUCCAAGCUAAGCUCCUCAGGGUCAGGCUCGGACAGCUCUUCCUCCAUUACUGAGGUCAGGGUGCGCUCCUGCAAGCGGCCCAAUCACAAGCGGAGGUUAGCCUACGCCCGCAGCGGGCUGAUGUUUAACCUUAAGGGGUCCCAGGAGAGCGAGUUUUGGAGCUUCCCCCUCCCCCCCAUGAGCCCCUCACCGGGGGUCAGUGGCAUGGGCCAGUCCAACCAAUCAGAGGUCAACAUCUGUCCACGCAAACCUGAGGUCCAGUUUCAGAAAUCUUCAGAUAUUACCACGAAUGUUGGAAGGUUCAGCCUCCCAGCCAGGAGUACCAAUGAGAGCCAGGAGUACCAAUCAAUCAUCAAAGACUACAGUCAAUCCCAACCGGCCACAUUUGAGAGGUUUGGAUUUUUCAGUAAGAUUAGGAAGAAAUGGCCCAAUAGAGAGGCUCAGCCACCUGAGUACGGGAAGGGGACUAAUGCGAAUACACAAUCUGAAAAAGAAGCCAUCUCUCCAUACUCCUACCCCUUGUCGUGCGAGGGCAGCGGGCAGCCUCAUAACCCCACCAUCAGGAUCAGCCAAGCCUCGAGAGUUUCUGAGAAGUGGAAUGCUUCUCUGGAACGGGAGAUCACCAACACCAACGAGCUCCGAAACCUGGACGAGUUCCUGGGGAACCAGGUAAAUGAGCUGCGUACAAGGGCGAAGGAGCUGUCAGCGACAGAGAGCAUCUUCCUCACAGCCACCAUGCAGCUCAGAGAGACCAUCAAGGGCAUGUACUCCGUCUCGAAGCCCCACAUCAGCUACAAGGGCUUGAUGAAGGGCUACCAGAACCGGGUGUCCAGUCUUGCCGAAGCCAAGCAGCAGACUGAGGUCCAGUCGGUGGUCAACCUGUUCCAGUCCGUCCUGGAUGGCUUCAUACGGGGAGAGAUCAAACGAGAGGGGUUUGGGCCGGUCAAGACCAUGAAAAAGACAAAGGUGAAAGGGAAAAAGAGCAAAUGUCCCAACAGCCCUCUAGAUCACAUGUUCAGUACGUACCAGGUGAACAUCAUGCAGACCUGUGACCUGUGUGGUUCCUACAUCUGGGGCAUGGAGAAGGCCUACAUGUGCAGCGCUUGCAAAUUGAUAUGUCACAAGAAAUGCCUCUCCAAAAUCAUCAACGCUUGCUCAACACGAUGCGCCAGGCUGGACGAUGGGGUACCAGGCCAUCUGCACUUUGGGGUAGAGGUGUGUGUUCUGACCAGUAAGACCUACCCAAUCCCUAUGGUGGUACAGAUGAUGCUGGAGCAUGUGGAGAUGAACGGCCUGUACACAGAGGGCAUCUACCGCAAGUCUGGCUCUGCCUGCCGCGCCAGGGAACUGCACCAGCUACUGGAGACCAACCCAGAGAGGGCAACUCUUGAGAACUACUCCAUCCACACGGUGACAGGUCUGGUGAAACGCUGGCUCAGAGAGCUGCCUGAGCCCCUCCUUACCUUCAGCCUCUACAACGACUUCCUGCACGCUGUGGAGUUGCCAGAGCAAUCUGAACAGCUGCGUGCGGUCUACCAGAAACUGGACGACCUCCCCCCUUCUAACUUCAACACGCUGGAGAGGCUGGUCUUUCACCUGGUCAGAGUGGCAAAGGAGGAAGAGCACAACAGGAUGUCUGCUAACUCCCUGGCCAUAGUGUUUGCCCCCUGCAUCCUGCGAUCCCCUGACACCACAGACCCUUUCCUUAGCAUGAAGGACAUCUCCAAGAUAACCACGUGUGUAGAGAUCCUGAUCUUAGAACAGUUUAGACGGUACACUGAGAAGAUGCAGGAGAUCACACAGCUGGAGUUCGCUGAGGCCCUGGCCGUCAACAAGCUGAUGCUCAAGAGACAGAACACUCUCUUAGAGAAACCUUCAUCAGAGCUGGAUGUACCUCAAAUGGACGAUCUUAACCGGUCGGAUAUAGACAUGAAUUCAGAGAGGACCCUCAUCGAGAGGAUCAAAUCCAUCAAACAGGAGAAGGAGGAACUGGCGUGCAGCUUGCCAGAGUUGGAGCAGGAGAACUUUGACGACUCAGAGUCCAGAUUGUCGUUGUCUAUCAGCUCAGAGAGCCUGCUGGAGGAUAGAGUGAGAAGCCUAGAGUCAGAAGGCAGAGUGAACCUGUUGUGGAGGAGCCAGAGGCAGGAGUGCCCUCCUAAGCCUGCUGACCUGGCCCAAAGAACUACAGCCACAGGCCCCAGAGACCAACCAGAUGGACAUAACCCCCAGCCCAACACCAAGGCAAUGAGCAGGAACCUCUCAGACCUGGACAUCCCCUUCAUAGAUGAGGAGGACUAGUCUGGGUGCCAGUCUGUUUUUGUUACAUAUUGAAUUGUCAUUUCAAACAAUUGCAGUCAACUUGAGAACUAGAAAUACCUCUGAAAUACAGGAGUAAUCAGUGGAGCUGUAUUAUGGCACCACAAACAAGAACCAUGCACUUUCUGUACAUUUUUCUACGUCCGUUAAGGUGUGUGUGU